UUAUGCUCCGCGAGGGCACAGGUUGUUGUCGCUAGAGGUAGUCUCUAGGUAGUAGCUCGGAUCAUCAAGAGGAGCCAGUCCCCCAGGACAGAUGAGAAGGCGAAGACAACACCAGGGGUAUUCUGCGCGUCCACGUCGUGCGGAGUGGUAACAUGUUGCUGUUCGAUGGACUCGGAAUCGAUAAACAUGGCUAAAGCAGAAUUCUCCAGUUGGUGGAACGACGGGGAGGAGUGGCAAGUCGAAGGCCAAGCCUCUACAUAAAUCCGGAUUACAAACAAGAAUGCAUAAGAGCUGCAGAACACCAACAACUCACUCGUUCCAGCCCCAGGGAAGCGCAAGAGCUUCAGAGUGAGUAGGCGAAUACCAGCGCCUAAAAACUGGCAAAUUCGGCUAAGGGAGUAAACCCCAACAGAAAAUCAUGGUGGAAGGCAACGGGAAACCAACACCAUUAUAUUUCCCUAGAAUUAUAUGGACAUCAAUUUAGCAAUGGCCCUAAGUCUCCGUCAGGCUGAUCCUCAUCCGCCAAGGCAGCCGGAUAGGGUGCUAAGAAUACGCGGAGUUAAAACAAGGCGGAACAACAUCAACGUCGCAACCUGGAAUGUACGAACUUUGUAUAAAAUUGGACAACUUGCUAGUGUAAUUAAAGAAGCCAGGAGAUUGCAAAUCGACGUGUUAGGAGUAAGUGAGACCCGAUGGACUGGAAACGGUAGAUACCGGGUAGAUGAGAAUUAUGAAAUGAUCUUCGCUGGGAAAGACACACACGAACAAGGUGUGGGUAUAUUAAUACAUACCAGAAUCAGCGAUAAAAUCAGUGCCAUAAUUCCAAAAUCAGAGAGGAUACUACUCGUGAGAUUGGAGGUCAAGCCAAAACCAAUGGUGAUAAUUCAAGUUUAUGCGCCAACAGCGGAAAGCAGUACAGCAGAAAUCAACAACUUCUACAACGACCUAGAAGAAGUGAUGAGAUGCUCGAAAAACAAUGAUGUUGUGUUUUUGAUGGGAGACUUCAAUGCCAAAGUUGGGAAGGAUCAUGGCAGCCAAGUUGCAGGGAGAUACGCACUUGGAGAGCAGAAUGAAAGAGGUGAAAUGCUCGUAGAGUUUGCUGAAAGACACGAUCUAGUAAUAUGCAAUACCUGGUUCAAGCAGCAUGAAAGAAGAUUAUACACUUGGGUCAGUCCUGGAGAUCGAGUCAGAAACCAGAUAGACUAUAUACUUGUAAAAAGAAGAUUCAGGAACACAGUGAAGAACUGUCACACAUAUCCUGGUGCUGACUGCAACUCUGACCACAAACUACUGGCUGCAAAAUGCCAGCUAGUCUUGAAGAGCCAGAAGAAGAGCAAAGAACGAUACCAACAACUUGACAUUGCAAAAAUCAAAUCAAAAGAAGUUCAAAAGAAAUUCCAAGAAGAACUGGAAAAGCAAAAGGAAGACAGGUUGGAAGAAGAACAAGGUAUCGAGGAAAAGUGGCAAACA